GCGACAGCAGAGACUUACUGUGGGUGUUAAAAGGCUGUACGAAUCUUUGAAGUUCACACAGCCAGCGUGUCAGUCCAUUGACAGGUAGUCAGUUCAGCCACUUCCUCUGAUCAGAGCGAGGUAGGAAGGAGGUGGGGGUAAGAACGAGGCAACCACAAACAACCAGGAGAGCAAGAAAACUAGUUUUUCUAGAGACAGACAGACAGAGAGAGAAGGAGGGAAAGUCAUGGAUGUACAGAGGAGAGGUGUGUUUGUGCUGUUUGUGCUCCUGGUGCCUGUUUCCUGUGGCAAUGCAGAUGAGUUUUUCACCAACCCGAUCACCUGCUAUGUCCUGGACUGCAUCCUGAUUCUUUACUGCCUCGUUGCCACUGCAUUUUACUUCAGAGAGAAGUUUUCUGACCUCGCCCCUGAGGCUGUCGCAGCGCCCGAAAAUAAUGCAGACGUUUACCAGGAGCUGGAGAGACCAAAGGACACAGAUCCGUACCAGGUGCUCAGUCCAACAAAAAGAAAGAAGAGAAAGAAAAAGAGAUCAACGGCGACCUCAGCUCAGGAGACGGAUAGAGACCCCUACGAGUCUUUGACGCUGACUCCAGUUCCACCUCUGCCUCCACACUGACGUCCUGCAUGUCCUCCUCCUCCUCCAAGAGACAACUGGAGCUAAUUAGAGAUGAAUCCGCAAUUUAAUGAUUGUCCGGAUCCAGGUUCUCAUAAACGUGCCAACAUGCUAAAAUAAAGAGUUUUCUAUGUUAUUUUUGCACGUUAGCACUAAACAGAAACAUUUUCAUUGAGCCUGUUUGGUGCCACUGUAUGAAAGGCAGCUAAAAACGAGCCUAAAUUACACUGGGGAACAAUUUGAAACUCUGUUGAGUUAUUUUUUUAUGCUGAUCAAAACUAAAAUUGGCGUGCUGAUUCCAAAGUCAGUUUUUGUAAGUUCUGUUUGGUUUGAUGCUGCUUUUGUAGUUUUCUACGGAAGCCCUAAAAGGCCAUACAUACAUACAUUUUA